UGCUAUGUGGAUAUUUGUUAGCAAUGACUGAUGUGGAAUCUACAUAUGCAGACUUUAUUGCUUCAGGAAGAACAGGUAGAAGAAAUGCGUUACAUGACAUACUCGUGUCCUCUCCGGGUGGGAACUCUAGUGAACUGGCCUUAAAGUUAUCAGAGCUUGAUAUAAACAAAGCAGAAGGAGAAGGAGAUGCACAACGAAAUCCAAGUGAGCAAACCGGGGAGGCCCAAGGAGAGGCAGCAAAGCAAGAAAGCUGACAUCCGACUUUGACCGACUGGAGCAGCUGCUGGAUGUUUUCAGACUACAGGAGCAUGCUGGAACAAAUUUGUUUCCAUGAGCAAGCUGGUGGAAAAGAAAGUGCAUGUGUCUUCACUGCUGGAACCCACUCAACACAACGCUAAAAAUGGGGGUACAAGCUGUGGCAGAAGACAGAAUUUUCUCUACCUCUGUCAUUAGCAAUGGUUGAACGUGUAUUGAUUUUUUUGGGAUAGUGUCAUCAGAUGGAUCCCUUCAUAAUGACUACUUGAUGGGAACACUUUUAGAAAGUAGAACAGGUAAAACUUGUAGCAAACGGCCUUUGAAACGUCAGAGGAUCUAAUUGUGUAUCUUAAGAAAAGGCUUGUGUGAUCCUCAGAGUUUAAAAUUCUCUGGCCAAAGUGUUCACCCAUUGAAAGAACUGUAAAGAAAGCACUGUUUUUAGAACUUUGCAUCUGUUUUACAGCUCUGUUAUUUACAAUGGUUUUUGUAUUGUACGACUUAGAUGCUCCACACUGCCCCUUCUCAACUGCUUAUGAAGAAUAUUUCUGUUACUGUGAAUUUUUCUACCACGCGUUUUGAAAGGGCUGGAUUUUUGCAUAAUGUGGUGAUGUGCACAUGAUAGAUUUAAAAUGUCAACCGCUAAAUUGAUUAUGCCUAAAUCUAAAUGACUCAGCAACACUCUAAUUUGUUACUAGAUGAGCCUUCAAAACGAUUUGUUAAUGUGAAUACUUCAGCGUGUUUUGUGUCCUUGGUACAGUUUUGCCACUUGCCUGUAGUUAGUUGCAUAUCAGAGACUCAAAUUGAAUCUUUUAUGUUACUCUUCCCCAUUUUUCUAAUUUUACACCCAAUUUCUUAAUCUUUCGCUGAGAUAUUUUUUUAAAAUGUUAGUCCAAGUAUUUUAUUGUUAUGGUAGUUUUAAGAAUACAAUUAUACCCUUAUAUGGGUUAAAAUUCAGACAAAUUCCGUGGUGCUAGAGAUUUUCCUGGUUCACAUUGUUAAAGAUGGGCCUUUGUUUACACACGGGAGAAUAACUGGCACAGGUUAUUGCCAAUUACGUAUUCUGGAAUGAGUUUUAGAUUGCAGGAUAGUCCAACUAGUGGAUCAUGGGCUGGAUGCAGCCAGGGGGACUAUUUUUUCUAUUCCUUGCCUUUGCCCCAGUUGAUCAGGCUGUUGAGUUUGCACAGCCAGUGGCCUGUCGCUGAGGCACCAGGUCCAGCCAAGUGCUAGAAGCUGCCCUAGCAGCCUUUUGGCUAGGAUGUGGAGAGGGAAGUGAGAAACUUGGCAUCUAGCACCCAAAAGACUGUAUUUUUCCCAUUUCAGUUUUUCCAAAAUAACAGUCCAAACUGGACCUUCAUUGAAAUACCAGGACAGCUUGUCCUUCCAGAGGAUUACUUAAAGUGUCUACAAAUUAAUAACCCAUUCUGCAGUAGCUAUGCUGACUGAUUUCCUCCCCCCCCCCCCCCCCCCAUCCCACCCCAAUAGACAAGGCCAUACAUGAGGCCAAAUACUGCAAAAUGGGGCAGCCACACCGCUGUGUGACUAAGGUGAGUAAAGAGAGUGACUGACUAGUAAACCAUGGCAAUCACAUAAGCACCAAUCACAAAGUCAGAAGAUUUGUUUUCUUUUAUUAA